UCCGCGAUUCAUUUGCUAUAAUAAUUUUCUGGUUGCAAAAUAAAUUUGUAAUGCAUUUUAUCUUUUUUCAGAAGCCGUAUUAGACGCUGAACAAAAACGAGUGAAUUAUCUAUUUUUUUCAAUAAAUAAAUGUGAAAAAAGAAAUUUGAUAAAAAGUUUUCGCAUUGUUACUAAUGCGAAAGGACUUUGUGACUACUUUAUAAUAAAUAAUUAAACGACAUAAGAAUAAAUAACUUAACGAAACGAAACUAAUACAAAUAUUAUUACACAACGCAUUGGACAUUGUAUAUCCCCAAUAGUGGACACUAAAGACGAAACUUACUAAAAUAACGACGCAAUGAGUUCUGUUUCAUCUGCGGCCACUCAGUCAGCCGCCUCGACCAUGGGCACAGAUUCCACCAAAAGACUACAGAUCACACACGUCGAUGCAUUUGGUCCGUAUUUGCGCAUCUACGGUCAAAUGAAUGCGGACGCAAUGGCAGGGGUGCGCAACAAAAUCCAGCAAUUGUUGCACACAUGUCUAGCCAUAGACCCAACGUGGCCGGUACAGCGACAACUGGUACCAUUACAUAUUGGCACCAUGUGCCUUUAUAAGAGCACCAAAGGUUCAGCGCCCGUCGACUUUGAAUUCGUGCGUGUACGUAUACAGGAUGUUAUAACGAACAUUGGGCAAGGACAGAAACCGCUGGUCAAAGUUGAAGUAGAGUUUGUCGACUAUGGCGGAAAGGCGCUGGUAGCCAGUUAUGAGCUCCUCUUCCCCGAGCAGCAGGAUGCCUUGUCCUCUAUGCCCACAAUAUGCGCUCCCUACAUCCUACUGGGCAUUUGUAAAGACUUCAAGCCAGCGGAGCUGGAAGAAAUUUCCCGCAUAAUCAUGCGUCAGACACUAGAAAUAUCCAUUGAAUUUGAAUUUAAGCAAUAUAAAUUCAUUACUAUGAAAUGGAAGGAAUUUAAUUUUGCUGAGUUUUUAAUACAUCAAAAGAAAAUAGGUGCUCCAAUCGCAAACGAAUUGCUACGUGACAAUUUUACUAAAUAUGUCAAGCAACAAAUACAAAAGCCCCAACAGCCCAUAAAGUCAGCCAUACCGCCACAACCACAGAAAUCGCACCACUUAGCUGCGGCUCAACAACAGCAACAACUGCAAAAGCAAACUAUGCAGAUGUACGCUGCUGCCGCCAGCAAUGUUAACAAUAACAAUUAUUAUGCUAUUAAUCAUAACAAUAAUGUAGCACCUGUCGGCGGUGUAUAUCCUGCUGUCGGGCGUUCGCUUACUUCGCGUUUGCAACAAUUUCAGCUACAACAACAGCCCGCCCAUUUGGCUUUGCCACCACAUUUGAUGAUGAAUAUACAACGUCCUAUACAGCCACGCAUGCCUCACACAAUCGGUAACUUGCGAUCGCUUUACGUACCCUACGCUACUUCCAACUAUCAACAACAUAAUUCCUAUAACGGCUUUCCACAACCCGCUGCCGCAUCAAUAUCGGGUGGUCCAUAUGCCACCACAUAUACAACACGGUAUCAGCGUCCGCAACCACAGCAGCAGCCAUUAGAUAUAUCUCUUAGCUCAGAUAGUAGUAACCAAUCGUUAAAAACUUCGCCGCGUCGUGCUACCACUGCCACUUUUAAAACCAACAAUCUAACUGUUGGUAAAACUUACGACGUUUAUGUUAGCUUUGUGGAAAACGGGCCGUGCUUGUUUUCGGUGCAAUUGGCGAAGGUACAGGAUAAUUUAACCGAAAUGAUGAACCGUAUUGAACGCGUGCAGCUGAAGCAAUUCUCUGAUAAGCCAAUUUUGGGCACAGCUUGCAUUGCACGCUACUCAGAGGACGGCCAGUUGUAUCGCGCACUGAUUACUGGCGUUCAACCCACUGCAUGCAAAGUUGUAUAUAUUGAUUAUGGCAAUGCCGAACUUGUCAAAUAUAAGGACUUGUAUGAAAUACCUGACGAGUUUCUUGAGGCGAAAGCAUUUGCCAUACGCUUCACACUAUCCGGACACAAAGAUUUGGAACCCAUUGAUGAGAGCUUAAAAAAGGCAUUCAAAGAUCUUAUGAUGUAUAAGAAUUGCCAAUUGAAAGUUAUGCCGUUAGAGGGUCCACCCUUGGUCCAGUACUGCGAGUUAUAUUUACAGCAGCAAAACAAUGUACUGGAUGUGCUGAAAGAGAUUCAAAAGUGUCGUUUGGUGUAUCCGAAGUCGGAAAAUUUAAACAACAACGACAUUGUUGAGAUUCGUUACAUCGAUUCACCUAAGCAUUUUUAUGUACAAAAGGUAGAUAACAUCGUGAAGUUCGAGAAACUCAUGGACGAUAUGUAUUUGUAUUAUAAUAAAAAUCAAGUUGUACCAAAUCACCUGGCCCUUGGCGCCCCCUGUAUCGUGAAGUAUGACAACGAGUGGUAUCGUGCCGAAGUAAUGCGCGCGGAUUCGACGGCUAUAAUUGUGCGACAUGUCGAUUUCGGCUACGAACAAAAAGUCACCAAAAACUUGCUGAGCACUAUUGCUGAGAAACACUUGAAACUGCCACGACAAGCGGUACAAUGCUGCCUCAAAGGAUUCGAAAAUAAUGAGCUAAACAAAGACUUAGCCACCAAUCAAUUUGAAAUGCUCGCGGAAGAGUCGAAUCGCCAACGGCGUUCGUUCACCGUCAAGGUCUUCCGCAUACAACCCGAUGGCGUACAUUUAGUGAACCUUUGCACUAAAGACUUAAAUGUAAUGAAGAAGCUUUACAAGUUGUCCAUGCCGUUCGAACAGUACUUAACAUUAGAGAAAGAAGAAUUUAAUAUACAUCCCCAUAAUGGACACCAGAAUAGAUAUGUUGCUGCUGGACAAGAAAACGGAAAUAAAACUCCAUCAAUUGCUUCCUCAAACGAUGCAGCGUCGCUGCAUUUGAAUAAAAAAGGGGUGCAAAUACUCAACUCGACUAUGCAAAGCGACGAACAUCAGCAACAGAAAGCUCAACAGCUCCAGCAGGUGCGAAAAUCAAGUCCACGUAAUCUCAAUAGCAGAGUUGGUAGCACUGCAAGCAGUGCUCCACCCAGUAGUAUUCAGGGAACCCUUUCAGUGGAGUGGGAUAAGCAGAGUUCGGCCAGCUCCAUGGAUAACCGAGAUUCGCGUUCGAGUUCUAGUGAACUGAAACAGGGUAAACGCCAGGCACAACAGCGGCAAGGACGCAAUGCACAAACACAACAAAACAACUUGAAUAUUAGCAAUACUAGCAGUGGUGGCGAUCGCCGUAGCGUUGGUAGUGCAGCCAGCAGCGCGGCUAGCUUUAAUCACAAACCUCGAGGUGGCGGUCAUCAGAUACCACCGCGAUUCCAAAACGAAAAUCGUCGCCAGAAAAAAGAACAGCAGGCCCCAGUAACGCCACCACGUCAACAACGGCCACAGAAUGCGCCUCAAGGUUAUUCACAGCAGCGCAACAAGACUGCCAAUAACGCCACCACUACUUCAUCACAGCGUUCCAACGACGCCGCUUCCGAAGUCGCCAGCAAUGCUAGCGAACCAUUAAGUACUCAGUUGCCAGAAGAAUACGUGCCACUAAAUCAACCAUUCCCAGUACAGCAUUUGGACACGCCAUCUCGCGAAGAGGUGAGCAUUUGCUGGUGGAUUUCGCCACAUCAGUUCUAUACGCAUCUCAAAUCACGUCUUCCUGAAUUCGAACGUCUGAUGCGUGAUAUGCAGCAGUUCUAUAAGAAGAAAUCCCUACAACAAUUGCAAUUAAAAGUUGGCUCGUUUGUCAUUGCACGAUACCGCAAAGAAAAUCUACUAUAUCGCGCACGCAUACUCGCUUGCAAUCAGAUGCUGCGUAAAUACAAAGUGCACUUUGUUGAUUUUGGCAAUCAGUAUACCGUUACUUCCGAGGAUAUAUGGCAAGUGGAAAGGCGUUUUUCUACUUUUCCUGUCAUGGCGCAUCUAUGCAGCUUUAGCGGCAUAGUCUCAAACUAUGACCACCUCUACAUAAUCGAUCGCAUGGAAAAGUAUUUGCCUGCAGGUGCCACGCUGAAUUGUGAAUACAUCGAGCGAGAGCUGGAAAUGUACUACGUCAACGUCAAAUUAAAUGGCGUUUCAUUAAAAGAUACACUUAAGUCGGAGGGUAUCAUUACCGAAGUAGCGCCUGAUUUACGCAUAAGUUUGUUAGCUGGACAACAGAUACGUGUAAAAAUCACUUACGUAAAGGACAUGCUCAACUUCAAAAUACAUGUGGAGGGUUUGCCCGAUGAUGUGCAAUUACUCAGCUCAUAUGACGAUGUGCGUUAUGUAAAAUCAAAUCCAGACGUGGCCUUUAAAUUUAAGCAAUUCUAUGAAGGGAAAUCGUGGGUCGUUAACAUCAAAGAUGUCAAUGACAACAAAGUCAUCCUCCUACGCCCACUUGUGCCACUGUUGAAGAAUGAUGUAUCGACGUUCAUUUGUCAGCCGCCGAUCUUGUUGGAGCGUUUCGAAGGGCGUGUUGUGCACGUGGAAAACGCGUACCGUGUAUUUGUGCAUGCAAUCGCCACAGAAGAAAAGAUGACUGAGUUGCUAAACGAAAUGUAUGAAUAUUAUGAAAAUAACGGUACUCCAUUAACCGAAUAUGAGCCUGAAGAAAUUUGUGCGGCGUUGGGCAGCGAUGGUAAUUGGUAUCGCGCGCGUAUCACACCACAAAGCACCAAAGACGCCGUUGAGGUACGCUACAUAGACUAUGGAAACGCGGAAACGUUAGAUGAAACGAAAUUGAAAAGAUUAGAAGAAAAAUUCUUCAUUAAUUGUAAUGCAUUUGCAAUUGAAUUAAAUCUCCCAGUGCGUACUUUGAUCGCAGAUGCACAACAUAAAGGCUCAAAAUCAAAGAAGACAACAAAUGUAUCGGCCGAUGCGGAUGCUGCCGCUGCGGAAAAGUUAAAGGAACUAACAUUAGAGGGGGAACCUGUAUUGAAUGUGAAGGCCUUAGAAGUGCAACAUAACCACCUAAUUGCUGAGCUCACGUUGCCUAAUGGCGACAAUGUGGUUGAUGCGUUGCUACAAAUGCAGCUGAUCAAGUCACGUGAUUUAGAUUUCAUGCGCAAGCAUUUAGAAAAGGAUAACACAAAUAUGUUUGAAUACAUUGAGUUAGUGGAUUUGACGAUCGAAGAGGAAGAGGAUAGUGAGAAGAAAAUUAUAGGCAAGAGUAAGAAUUCAUCUUCACCAAAGAAGAAGAAGCAAGCGAAAACAGACGAAAAAUAUGAGAAGGCAGAACUGCAGGCAAACAAGAAGGAGAAGAUACCGAAACAAGUGGAGGUAGUUGGAGCUAAAGAAGUAGAAAAGCAGACCGUCGCUGUCGAGGCGCCCAUUAUCAUGGCAGAAACGCCACCACAAACACCUCCUCAGACAGAAAUACAGGGAGAGAAAGCCGAAAAUGAUACUGUAGCAGCCGCAUUGCCAUCGCCAGCACCUUCCCCUAUACCACCUGCAACAACAAAUACAUCCGAGCCACAAUCGGUGGCAGAGUCGGAAACCGAAUCGGUGGAUCCAUACGCUGAUAUGGAGCAUGCUGUAUUAAGCCACUGUGACAAUCCUGGACAGUUCUUCGUGCAUCCCUACGAUAAGUUGGAUGAGUUGCACAAGUUGCAGGAGAAUUUGCAAAUCGUUGCAAGCUCUUUGCCGCCUCUGAUGAGUGUUGUAAACAAUGCGCAUUGCAUUUCGUUGUACUCUGUGGACAAGCAGUGGUAUCGCGCAAAGAUCCUUGAUGCUGAACUGAUGGUAUUGAAGUUCAUUGACUUCGGCAAUACAGAUUGUGUGUCCGAUACAACUGAUGUGAAAGAAAUGAGCGUCUUCCCUGAUAUCGAACCACUGUGCAUGCCUUGCUCAUUGCCAAUUAAGCCGAACGGCACCGCUGACUGGGUCGAUGCAGCCAAUGCCAUUUUCAAUGAUUCGUAUAGCAAAUUGCUGAACUUCGAAUACAUUACACGCGGCGAUACGUAUAAGCGCAGCUUUAUACAUCUAUACAUUGAUGGAGUAAACAUCGCAGAUCGCUUAGUCGAAGAUGGUUUCGCCAAACACUUGGAAUUGGUAGAUUCCGGUGAAAACUGUUACAUAUCACAUGUUAAUAAUAUAAGCGACUUUUAUAUACAAUACGAAAAAGACUCAAAGGCACUUGAGCUGAUCGAGAUCUAUUUGGCCGAAAAUGAAAAGCUUAAAAAACUAGGAAAAUUCGAGUAUGCAAAAAUAGUUGCCGCACUCUUCCCUGAUGAUGAAAUGUGGUAUCGUGCUAAAUUGUUGAAGCAAGUGCCAAAUAAAGGCUAUGAAGUGCUGUUCAUUGAUUAUGGUAACACAUCCAUAAGUCUAGAAUGCCGUGAGAUCUCAGAGGAAAUUGCAAAUUUGCCACCACUAUCGAAGAAAUGCGCACUACAGCUGUCUGAGCAUUGCUUGGCCUGGUCCGACGCGGCUGAAGAGAAAUUCAGCGAGAUAGCUGCGCAAGGCGAAACAAUUUUCACUGUGGAAUUGCGUGAACCUGCUGCCGAACAUGCUUUAGUACAUCUACUGAUCGAUGGUCACAAUAUAAAUGCCGACCUUGAACCGCUGUGUGAACAGAAGCCUGCCGAGCUUGAGCUUAAUAUGAGCUUCAGCACGACCAUACAAUCUUCGGUAUUCGAGAGCGGCAAAAUCUACGAUGCAUUGGUUUCGCACGCAAAUUCGCCUACUGAUUUUUAUGUGCAAUUCAGUAAGGAUGCAAUACGCCUUGAUGAUAUGACCAGCAGCUUGAAUGCGCUUGGCAUGGAUGCGCUAAAGACACCGCAGGUCGGACAAUUAUGUGCUACUGUUUAUAGCGAAGACAAUACGCUUUAUCGUGCGCGUAUAUUGGAAACCAUCGCCGAAUCCGGAAAUAAGCAGCAGUAUCGUGUAAUAUUCGUUGAUUUUGGUAACGAAGCAAUCACAGAUGAUGUGCGCAUACUGCCGCACGACUUACAAGCACUACCGGAAUUCGCCAGACACUGUCAGUUGGCCGGCGUCGCGGAAGAAAUCGGCGAAGAUAAAGCGCAAGUGUCGAUCGAUGCAUUCAGCCAGCUGGUGGAAGAGUGUGAGGGUGUGGUGAAAAUUGAGUUUGUGGAGAGCAGGCAACCUACAACACCGGCACAAGUUAAACUAUACACAGCUAGCGGUGACGAAGAUCUUGGUGAAAGAUUGCAUGUGCUUAUUGCAAGCAUUAGCGCUAAUGCCACGGCGGCGGUGGUAACGCCACAAAUUGCAGACAACACAUGUAUAAUUUCGCAUGCAAUUUCACCAACACAUUUCUACAUACAGCCAAAAAUCAAUUCUCUACAUAUGGAGUUGGUGACUAAAACACUAACGAAAUCCGAUGCUGAGCAGCUGGCUGAAUUGGAAAGUAUUGAAGUGGGCGGCGUUUGUAGCGCAUACUGUGCUGAAGAUGAUUGCUACUAUCGCGGCAGAGUGCAAAAAGUUCUAGCCGGCGAUGGCGGCUACGAGAUAUUCCUGGUCGACUACGGCAAUAGCAUAAAUACGACACUUAUACGCGAAAUACCAGAAGAUUUGUAUGCCGUGCCGUCGUUGGCAUGGAAGUGCAAACUAAAUGCGGUACCCGAGGCGCCUGAAACGCUGCUAAAUGAAUGCUUUGCCGCACUUUUGGAAGCUCACUUUGGCGAAAUUUACGAAAUAGAGUCGGAUGAAACUGCUCCGGACGCCAGUGAGCGUGUACAUACUGUGAAAUUGCAAGCGAACUACAAAGAUCUGGCUGAGGAAUUGGCCGAAGCUGUGGCCAAAGGCGAUGCAGAGGAGGCGGCGGCCGCACUAUCACCGGUGCCUACGCUGUACAGCUGCAGCAUAAUACACGUGAACUCACCUGCAUCGUUCUACAUACAACUGGCCGAAGAUGUAUCAGCUGUAGAGAAGAUUACAGAUGUGCUAUUAGAUGCAGAGACUGACUUCCAACCCUUCACUGAUUUGCAAGUAGGCGCGCUAUGUGCUGCACAGUUCCCCGACGAUAUGGCAUUCUACCGAGCGGAGAUCGUACAGGUGCUUGAUGAAGGUAAAUGUGAAGUACAUUACCUGGACUUUGGUAACAAUUCAGUGACUGAUCAAUUCCGUGCCCUGCCGGAGGAUAUACUGCAUACCGAACCCUUCAGCAAACACUGCGCGCUCGAUGUUAACAUUGCGGGCAAUGUGGACGCAUGCAUGGUUUUUGCUCAAUUCAUUGAUUCGCGUUUUUCCGAAACAUUCCAGGUUGAGUUUCUGAAGACUACAGUAGAGCCGAAAAUCUGUCGCCUCUUCUAUCAGGAAAAGAAUGUGGCCCAUGAAGUGCUACAGCUGGUGAAGAGCAGUGCUAGCGAUGAUAGUACGCUGUUGAAUGGCGUGGGAGAUGGCGAUGUGACAUUGCGUGACAAGGCGGAAAACAUAGCUGCGGAUGUGGCAGGUGCUGGCGGCGAUGGGGCGAUUGCGCAGUAAUGUGCGGGUCAUUAGUAUUUGCAUAUAUGCAAUAAUAUUUCCGGCAGCAUUCAGCUGCACGACUGCAAGACUUAUCAACAAACUAGAGUGAGAUGAACCGACACUGAUUUUUAUCUAAAACAGUUAUUGGUGACUUGUGAGCGCAAGCUUUUAAUCAAUACUGACCACUGUGGUCUAGAGUGUGGUGCUAGAAUCGGGUUUUAAGCACCAUGAAUUGAAAAUGUGAAAACGAGCGGGAGAGUAGGAGAAAAUUUGUGUGAUAUACUUUAUAGUUUUUUGUUGGAAAUGUGACUUUGUUGUAAAGUCAAUGAGAAAUGCGAAAAGUAACGCUUUCUUUUUCAUUCAGAAAACUAGAUUCUAAAUAUAAAAUGGAAGAUAAAGUUCCCUUUUGAGGGGUUUCUCAACGGCCGCCUUGCGAAAACUUUUUUUAAUGAAAUCAAAGCGAUGUUUUUAAUUUUUUUUAUAUUUUGUUUUUCAAAAGUUGCAACCAUAAAGUCUUAACUACAUAUAUUUUAAAGCACGCGAGAUGGCUGCAGAGAAAAAUGAAUUACUUUUUGAUUUAAUUUUUAUUUUUUUUUAAUUUUAUAAUAAUAAAUUGCCCACAAAGAGUUGGAGAUCGAGUUUAUUAUUGAAUUACUCGCAAAUAUAAAUGUACUAAAUACUCCUCUUAAAGCUCGAUAAUAAUGUGCUAAACCAAGGCGCUUGAGUGAAAUUUAGAUCUCAAGCCAGGAAACUGAAACGAUUGAUUUUGAAGCGAAAACAAAAAUCUCGAAAAUGAACAAAAAAAAAAUGUAAAAUAUAAAAACUAAAAAAAAUCGAGUCUAACAAGCAUAAUUAUAUAACGAAAGCAUUAAACAUACAUACAUGAUUAUUAUAAAAUACUUAAAAACCAACCAAAAAAAUUAUAUUUGCUCAAUCUGUAUUUCAAAUACCUAAACAUAGAUACAUAUACUUGUAACACAUACAAAAAAGCUGGAAAAAGCAAAUUUUGCUCAGCAAAAAAAAA